AUGGCUAACAUCAACUAUGGACCACAAAUUUAUCUUCAAAAUUAUGCAUCCAACCCUCAUCAUCAUAACCCCGGAGCGCCCUGCGCUUGGGAGACCACCGAGAGUUAUCAAAGGAAAUGGUCAUUUCCAGCCGUUCGCAUUCUCCAUCGUGUCCCAGAAGUGUGUCCUGCGGGUGAACAUUGCAAUGACGGAACGAUAGCUUGGGAGACCUGCACACAGUUGGAUGACGAGACUCCCUUGAGGGUUGGACCUGGACAUGCUCAACAUACCGGAUAUUGUAUUACUAGAAAAAUAGGCUUCUGUAAAUAUUGGAAAUCUCAACAAUCGGACCCCUUUGUUUGUUGUUAUCACCUCUUGACACGGGUGGAAGCACCAAUGAGGAAAGGGUAUUGUUUUGGAGAAAACUGUCCAGGACUUGAGGGGGCAAAAAGUAUUCCUGUUGUUAACUAUGAUCCUGCGGCUUAUUAUUCCGGCGAGAGGUUAAAAUACGAAAGGGAACGGCUUGAUUUGUUAGAAGUAGAGGCGGAAACUGGAAAGGAUGUGAGGUUUCAUUGGAAGAAUAUGGAUGGACCAGGCUAUGAGACUUUUGAAGAGGAAAAUUUACAAUAUAAGUUUGGAUUCCAAGGACGUAACAGAGUCUCCAAGCCGGUUAUGAGCUACAUGCCGAAUGACAGUUGGUGGCGGCCGCAUUAG